AUGAUCGACGACCGGCUCAAUUUCAAUAGUCACGUCGAUUAUGCUUGCGAGAAGGCAACUAAAGCGAUCACUGCGUUGACCAGAAUCAUGUCAAACAGUUCUGCGGUUAGUAGCAGUAAAAGAAGACUCAUGGCCAGCGAAUCUACGUCAAUAUUUAGAGGCGGAGCUCCCGUCUUGGCAGCUGCUGUAAUUACGAGGGGAAAUCUGAUUCGGCUCAAUAGCGCCUAUAGGCUGAUGGCCAUGAGCAUAGCAAGUGCCUAUCGUACCAUAUCGAUUGAUGCGGUCUGUGCCAUAGUAGGAAUGACCCCCAUUAACAUUGUAUUGGAGGAGGACUGUGAGUGCUACAACUGCUACAGACUGCGAGGAACGGUUGGUGCUCGCAUGGUUGCGAGAGCCGAUUCGAUGAGGAAGUGGCAGCUGGCUUGGAACAGUAGUUCGAAAGGAAGGUGGACAUAUCGGCUCAUUCCGAAUCUGUCGUUGUGGGUGGACAGAAAACACGGGGAAGUAAACUUCUUCCUGACACAAUUCCGGUUGGGCCAUGGAUGUUUUCGGAAGUAUCUGCACAGAUUCGGACACGCAGAGUCCCCCCUUUGCCCGGCCUGCCCGAACUGCGAGGAGACACUGAGCACGUGUUCUUCGACUGUCCUCGAUUCAGGACAGAGCGAAGUGUGCUCUCAGUAG